GUUUGCCUCUUCAUCUUUGAACACCCUCUCCCACAAAAUCUCUUCUCUCUCUAGCUUAGUCUCUUUCUCUGUCUAGAUUUUCUUGGAUCAUAGGAUUUCAUUGUUCCCAGGUUGUACUGUUGUUCUUAGCUUGACCAGGGAAAAAAAAAUACAAGUUUCAGACUCGAUAAGAAUGUGUAACCCUACAACAAACUCAGCUCUGGGCUACAAGACAGCAAAAACAGAGGUGGGAUAUGACGAUGAAUUCCAGUCAUCAAUCAAAAUCACGCCUGCAGAGAAGCUUGCUUUCCCUCUGAUCACGUUGAAAUCUCCGCCGCCGCAGAAAACCGCCGUCGUCCGCCUCUCCCCUGUCGUCAAAGAAGCAGAGUCCAUAGCCAAGAUUGCUCUGCCCAUGAUUCUCACCGGCCUUCUCCUCUACUCCCGUUCCAUGAUUUCAAUGCUCUUCCUCGGCCGUCUUGGGGGGCUAGCUUUGGCCGGCGGUUCUCUCGCCGUCGGCUUCGCCAACAUCACCGGAUAUUCCAUCCUCUCCGGCUUAGCCAUGGGAAUGGAGCCGAUUUGCGGCCAGGCUUUCGGCGCCAAGAAAUUUAAUCUUCUCGGCCUAACCUUACAGAGAACCAUUCUUUUACUAAUGCUGAUUUCCGUUCCGAUAGCUAUUCUUUGGGUUAACAUGAAAACCAUUCUUCUUUUUUGCGGCCAAGAUGAAGCAAUUGCUACAGAGGCCCAAUCCUAUCUUUUAUAUUCAAUCCCUGACCUUUUCGCGCAGUCUUUACUCCAUCCCCUGCGUAUUUACCUAAGAACACAGUCCAUUACUUUACCCUUAACCUUCUGUGCCGCUUUAUCCAUUAUUCUUCACGUUCCAAUCAACUAUUUUCUUGUGACGAGGAUGGGUUUGGGGACGAAAGGGGUUGCGCUUAGUGGGGUUUGGACAAACUUCAAUCUUGUUGCUUCUUUGAUUGUUUAUAUACUCAUUUCCGGUGCUUACAAGAAGACAUGGGAGGCAUUGUCGACGGAGUGCUUAAAGGGGUGGAAAUCUUUGUUAAAUUUGGCGAUUCCGAGCUGCGUUUCUGUGUGUUUGGAAUGGUGGUGGUACGAGAUUAUGAUCUUGCUUUGUGGGCUGUUGAUUAACCCCAGAGCCACCGUGGCGUCAAUGGGGAUUCUGAUUCAGACCACUUCUUUGAUCUACAUUUUCCCGUCAUCUCUCAGCUUCAGCGUCUCCACGAGAGUGGGCAACGAGCUGGGGGCGCGGGAGCCCGGAAACGCGAAACGCGCCACCAUUGUCGGCCUCGCCGGAAGUUUCAUUCUGGGGUUCACUGCUCUGAUCUUCGCCAUCUCCGUCAGGAACGUUUGGGCCAGGAUGUUCACCCUCGACAACGAGAUUAUCGCAUUGACCUCUAUGGUUCUCCCCAUUAUUGGCCUCUGCGAGAUCGGGAACUGCCCGCAAACCACCGGCUGCGGCGUGCUACGCGGGACGGCGAGGCCUAAAACCGGCGCCAAUAUCAACCUCGGCUGCUUCUACCUCGUCGGAAUGCCGGUCGCCGUCGGGCUCAGCUUCUUCGGCGGCUUCGACUUCAAGGGUCUCUGGAUGGGACUUUUUGCGGCGCAGGCGUCCUGUAUGGUCACCAUGCUUAUAGUUCUCCUCCAAACGGAUUGGGAAGUGGAAGCCCAGAGAGCCGAAAAACUCACCGGAGCUGACCAUUCCGAAACUCUCAUCAAACCAAAAAAUAAUCAAGAUUCUUUGUGUUGACACAAAAACUAUAUAUUUAUAUCUAUUUUUAAAAUUUUUCAUAGGCACUAGUCCAUCAUAGACAUAAUGGUCUAUGUUAAACAUUAGCUAAGAAAAUAAUUUUUUUUUUCUUUAUUGCAUGCUUUAUAAAAAAACAGGUGUAUAUGUGAGAUUUAUCACGUGUACACUUUAGAGUAGUGACGACGUGUUUCAUCGUCAGUCAAAAAGGUGUAUAGGUGGAGGGGUAACUUGACUUGGAUUUGUAGUGCAUGUAAGAAAUGCAUGUUGGGAAAUUCAAAUUUGCCACUAUUGUAACAUGGAAGGAGAAAGGAAGUAACAUUGCAUCAAUCAAUUUGUCUGUUUUGUAUUAUACUCUUCAAUGGUAUCUACAAUGUACAAAGAAAAGGAAUUCAAUGUAUACAUAUAUGGCUGCUUUGUUGAAUCAA